AUGUCUGUCCCUGAAGUCCACGAUGGACCUCCAGGUUUGGACGUAGCUGCCAAGAAGAAUCACAUGACGAUCCAGGCGGGGUUGAGCAACCUCCGGCACUGUAUCGAGGCCAAGGUCAAAGGCAAGGCCGUGCCGUUCACGUACUUCAGCCUGCCCCGGCUGCUGGCACCCGACUUCCGGGGAGAUGCGUCGAUCUCCUUCGUCAUCAACUGCCCGAGCCUCUCGGACGUCGACCGAACGGCCGAGACCUCGGAGACACUGGACCUGGCGCGCUUCAUUCUGAGGUUGGAGCUUGCCUACCGGGCCCAGAAAGCCACGGUGCAGCUGACCGCGGAGGAGCUCCUGAAGUCGGCCGAGAGCCGCGCCGAGAGGGCGCCGACGCCCAAGGCAGAGGCGCCGGUGGGGCCCAUGCCCUCCGACGACCGGGAGAUCCGGAGGCUCCGGAAGAAGUUGGAGAGGCGGAGCCAGGAAGUACAGGAGCUCCGGAAGCAGCUGGAGGCACAGCGCCUGGGACCUCUCCUGAAGAGGAGUCUGGAGAAGGCGUCAUCCGAAGAGGUCCGGGAGCUCUUGAAGGAGGUGGAGCAGCGCUACCCGGAGAUUCUCCAGGCCUGGCCCCGCUGGCGGGAGCAGCUGGAGAAGGGCGACUUCCAGGACCAGCUCCUGGAGGUGCAGAAGGCCGUGGACCAGCGCGAGCUACAGCUCCAGUCCUUCCAGUGGCUCCUGCAGCGCAAGGAGGAGCUGCAGAACUGCGAGGAGCUCCCCGAAGAGGUGCGGCAGCUUCGGCAACAACAG